GUCGUGACACACAGGUGACGUGUGUGUUUGUGUCAGAAUCUUCUUGACGUCGAGAGUGAACGCGUCGCUUCCGUACUCACUCCCCGCCGUAGCUCCAUCACAGAAACAUGCCUUCCUCGCCAAGUUCGACCAUUGUGGGGUCUGGAGGCCGCUCCCCAGCCCGCACAGUGUCCCCCCGCAGUGGAGGGUCAGGCUCGAUGGCCAGGCAGUCUGGCGGAACCACAGCUAGACAACGCAAGACCACCACCUCUACCUCUGGCCGCAGUUCAGCCUCAACGGGAGGCAUGUGGAGGUUCUACACUGACGACUCCCCAGGAAUCAAAGUUGGUCCCCUGCCAGUGCUUGUUGGUUCUCUUGUCUUCAUUGCCACUGUCUUCAUGCUCCACAUCUGGGGCAAGUACACGCGCUCUUAAAACCCCACGGAUGCGGACAGGUCUUUUCCAACUCAAUGCGAGUGACGCUGUGGAGUUGUCGGCAAGGGGUGUGAAUGGCUGAAUGCGAAGAGAAAUUGUUUUUUGUUUUUUAUAAGAAUUGCUCUGUCAACCAGGAGCUUCUGACUUUUGUGAAUGAGAAGUUGAUAAAUUAUUACAGGAGAACAGGCGUGUAUAGACGUUUGCUUCAUUGAGAGGGUCACCUGGAAGUUAUCGAAUGAUCGGAUCUGUUGAUCAUUCCAGAGUUUAAGUGAUUCAUUUAUAUAAGAUUUAUAUAGGUUUAAGGAUAUGUGGAAUUUUUCUAAAAUAAAUGUUAUAUGAAU